GGUGGUAGUGUCAUUAAAUAUUUCUCUGAUGCAAUCAAAAACACUGAAAGUGAUUGGUCACACUGGAAUGUUCUGUUCUGCGACGAGAGAUACGUAAGUUAUGAUGACAAAGAAAGCACAUAUGGUGCAUAUUACGAACAGUUCUUCAAACACGUACCUAUCCCCAAGGAACAAAUACUCAACAUUGAUUAUAAAAUACCUAUUGAGGACUCAGCAAAAGAUUAUGAAAAUAGGUUGAAAAAGUUAGUGCAUUGGGAUGAGGGUAGUGAUUUUCUUCCCAUGGUUGACAUUUUGUUGCUAGGGUUGGGCCCAGAUGGGCAUGUAUGCUCAUUGUUUCCUGGUCACACUCUACUAAAAGAGCAAGAAAGAUGGGUGGCUGCCAUUACAGAUUCUCCCAAACCUCCACCCAAUCGAAUUACUUUGACUUUUCCAGUUAUAAACAAUGCCAGAAAUUUGGUUUUUGUUGCAUGCGGGGAAGGAAAAAGUUCUAUAUUAAAGGAAAUACUUGAAAAUAAGCGCCUUGAUUUGCCUGCUUCUAUGGUAAAACCAGUGAAUGGUAACCUAACUUGGUUGUUAGACAGGAAGGCGGCGAAUCUGCUAACACUUCCUAGUAUUCAAUAUGUUCAUGGUGAUUUGUGA